CUCAGGCCAUUGAUGUCGAGCCUACCAACCACAUCCUCUACUCCAACCGCUCCGCCGUAUACUCCGCGCAACAUGACUACCAGAAGGCCCUCGAGGAUGCCAACAAGGCCACGGAAUUGAAGGCUGAUUGGUCCAAGGGCUGGAUCCGCAAGGGUGCCGCCUAUCGUGGUCUGGGCGAUCUCUUGGCUGCCCACGAUGCAUACGAGGAGGCUCUGAAGCUGGAGCCCUCUAACGACCAGGCCAAGAACGGCUUGAACGCCGUCAAGCGCGCCAUCGACGCCGAAGCUAAGGCCGACGGUGUUACCGGCGACCCCAUGGGAGGACUCGGUGGAAUGUUCAACGAUCCCCAGCUGUUCCAGAAACUCGCCAACAACCCUAAGACGGCUCCCCUUCUUGCCGAUGCCGACUUCAUGGCCAAGCUCCAGCGCCUGCAGCAGAACCCCAACGAUAUCGGUCAAGAGAUCGGCGAUCCCCGUUUCUUGCAGGUCAUGAGUGUGUUGUUGGGCAUUGAUAUGAACUUCGGUGCUCCCCCGGAGGCUGGUGCUUCUGCCAGCGCUGCGGAGGCCGAGGAGGAUGUGCCGAUGCCCGAUGCCCGCCCGGCCGCUCCCAAGAAGGAGCCCGAGCCUGCCCCUGAGCCCGAGGCUGAGGAUGAGGAGGCCCUCGAGAAGAAGAAGGCCCAGGAAGCUGCUGAUGCCGAGAAGAAGCUUGGUAACGAUUUCUACAAGAAGAGACAGUUUGAGGAGGCCAUUGAGCACUACAACAAGGCCUGGGAAUUGCACAAGGACAUCACCUACCUCAACAACCUCAGUGCCGCCAAGUUUGAGAAGGGUGAUCUUCAGGGUGCCAUCGAGACCUGCCAGACGGCUGUUGAGGAGGGUCGUGAGCUCAGAGCUGACUUUAAAGCCAUUGCCAAGGCUAAGGCUGAGAAGGAGGCUUACAUCGACCCUGCCGAGGCCGAGAAGGCUCGCGAGUUGGGUCAGGCUAAGUUCCAGGAAGGUGACUGGCCCGCCGCCGUGGAUGCCUUCACCGAAAUGACGAAGCGCGCCCCCGAGGACCCCCGCGGUUUCUCCAACCGCGCCGCAGCUCUCAUCAAGCUGAUGGCCUUCCCCCAGGCUGUGCAGGACUGUGACGAGGCUACCAAGCGUGAUCCCAAGUUCAUCCGGGCUUACAUGCGCAAGGCGCAGGCUUUGGUCGCCAUGAAGGAGUACAACAAGGCUUUGGAUGUGUGCACGGAAGCGUCGGAGCACGAUGACGGUACCCACGCCCGGGAGAUUGACCAGCAGCAGCAGAAGUGCCUGGAGGCUCAGUUUAGCGCCCGUGCCGGUGAGACCGAGCAACAGACGAUGGAGAGAAUCCAGAACGACCCUGAGAUCAUGGCCAUCCUGCAGGACCCUAUCAUGCAGACCAUCCUCCAGCAAGCCAAGAGCGACCCCGCCGCCCUCCAGGAGCACAUGAAGAACUCUCAGGUGCGGAUGAAGAUCCAAAAGUUGAUGGCCGCCGGCGUCAUCCGCAUGGGUCGGUGAGAGAGUGACUUGGGAGAUGCUGAACGAGCCCGGGGGUGGGAAGUUUGUGACUGCGAUUAUUAUUAAUCUGUUAUGAAAAGCGUUCUGAAUGGCGCCUUUUUUACGUUUAUUUUAUUUUCUCGUUGUUAUUUACGGCAGUGACGAUGCAUUUGAAUAUCAGAUAUCAGAUCUAUGAAAUGACAUGCUUGAAAUGCUCUAUCCUUCUCAACCCUGGCGAUCGAGAAUUUCCACCAUUCAA